UAUUUUUGGCAUUCAUGGUGAAAAAAUAAUUCUCCAAACUGAGGAGUUUUUUGCAAGAGUUUGGGUUGGGGAUGUGCUUCGAUAAAUUUUAUCAUUAUUGAUGCGACAAUGGAAAAUUCACUUGGAUCGUCACUAUCUAAGACCACUUUCGACGAACAUCAUGUGGACACAACGGAAAAAGCAGAUGUUUCUGUUCCCCUAAGCCAAUUUCACAGUAGAAAUAUUGCGGAACUAUUCCUCAAGAACCCAAUUGACGAAUCAUCGAUGGUUACUCUGGAAAAGCUACAUAAUGGGGAAUUCACCAAGCCGGGCAAUGGAACAGAAUUAAGUUUCGCGUCUAGCGAAGUCCUAAUAAUCGACCACGUAGCAACGUGCCGCGAUUUCUUAGAUAUCGUGACUUUCGCAAAAAAAUUGCUGAGGGAGGUUUUCAAAGAUUCGCAAAAAUUGUCCAAGCCGGAAAAUGAUGAAGCGGAUAGUUCAGCCGACUCUGCGGAUUUUUCCGUCGCAGACAUUUACUUCAGUGGUUGGCCUACCGUCGGGACAUUUUCCGCCGAAAUAGGAUGCGAUAAGAUCGAGGAAUACUUAGCAUCAUUCUUUACCGACGAAGACUGGACAUUCGCUGUCCAUUACAACGGCUCCCAAGAUAAACCGACUUCUUGUUUACAUAACUACGAGGCCAUUUUCGGCUUACCAACCGCCAGCUACCCCAUUCCGCAGGCAACGGCCAGCGUCUAUUUCACUAUCGAGGUUUCUAGGAUUCAACCGCCUCAGUGUUUGGUCGAUGUUACCUUUACGUAUGAAACGUCACGGCGCAUCAAUAGACCCGGCGUACACGAUUUCCACGAAAAAUGGCUACUCGACAUUUUGGAAGCCAAAAUCAAAUUCUUCCAAACGAUUACGUAUUAAGCACAAUAAGUCAAUUUGGUAUCUACCGAUCCAAUCGUUGCCAUGGGCUGCUGAUUUAGAAAUAAACUUGCCUUUGCAAUCAUAAACUACCUUUCCGAAAUAUAUACGGGGUGUCCGGAUUUCGGGUGUUGUCUAUGUACUAUCUAGCUUAUUUGAAAAGAUGGAUGGAGUCGGUUAUCAUAUUAUGUUUAGUCCCAAGUCAAAAUCUGUCGCACUUCAUCAAAACGUCAAGUUACUAACUAUCGUCCACUCGAACUGAAAUUUAUAUUAAUACUUAAUUAAUUUCCAAAUUGAUAUGAAUCAAUAUUAAACCGAAUAGUCUAGAGAAGUUUUGAAACUUUUCGACCUUCAUUGUUUUCAUCUCUCCAGUCAUCUUCUGUUAUCGCAUUGUCUAUCACGGCUUCUCUAAUCCCUUUUACCAAUUUUCGGACGGGUCUUUUUCUUCUUCUGUUUAUUAACUAAACUAACUUUGGGCAUCUUUCACAACAGGUUUGUUUCCACUGUAUAUAUUAGUGCUCGUGAUUACUCUUCCUGUUCGUCAUCUUAUUUGGUAAUUAUAUUCAACCUGCUCUAGAUAAACAAAUUCAUUUCUAUUUUUUUUUUGUCUUCUUUCCGAGAUUGCGAAUACGUACUUCUAUAUCGUCACAACGUAUCGCCUUUUUCCCUUGCUGAACUCUGUUACAGACUUUUUGCUGUUCUUUUAGUUCUUUGUCUUUUUUCCUAC